GCGCAUCGCGCGCCCGUGCUGCUGUCAUCACGCGUGUUCCGGUCACGAUGCUGAUGAUGCUCUUCUGUAUCUUCACAAGACGCAGAGCACACGAGGAUGAUGCUGCUGCCAGCACAACGGCGGAAUACUCGCUUUAAUCGAAAGUGAAAUUGACGGACUAUAACAGUGGAUGCCGUCCAUUGCCAAGAUUGAUUAUUUUUACUUUUUCUCAAACCUCCGCAGUUAUUCUGGGAUAAAUCCUUUCCUCGGUUCUUCCUUUAAGAUAUGUAUCGAUCUUCUUAAAAGAUGUCGUCAUCCUAUAUGUUCAGCCGGGGUCCGAUCGUUGAAGGGCAGAGAUGAGAAAUGGUGAAAUCUCACGUUUAUUGCUUGGAUAUUAAUAUAAGCUCCACUAAUGGAGAAUACGGGGUCACAGAUGGUGUCGCUGGAGCAGCAGGUGGAGAGUGUGGAGAGGAGCAUUGUGUUUCUGAGACAGGAGCAGCUUACCAUGCUGCAUGGACUACACUUGGAGAUUCUGUCUCUCCAGAAACGCUGUACAGAGCUUACACAAGAACUGAACAUGAAGCCACCAGGCAGGAGUGAAGCAGACGUGCAGGAGGAAGAGGAGCUGCUGAAAGCACAUUGUUCACAGGUUGAAGAACGUCUCCAGGAACAGCAGGAAGUGCAGAGCGAGUUGCGAUGGGAGCUCAGCCAGAAGACGGUUCUGGUGGGCACCCUACGUGCCAGUCUGAAGGACAAGGAGCGUCGCUUCCUGGAUGAGCUGAAAAAUCGCAGUCACAGGACCACCGCGCUCAACACCGAGCUGCAGAAGCAGACGGAGACGGCUGCGUAUCUUUCCUUCCAGCUGCAUUCUGCAAAGCAGGAACUGCAGCAGCAAAAGCUGCAGCAGCGAAGGAGGCAGGCCCCGCCCGCAGCCGAAAAGCCUCCCAUCCACCCUCUGCCCCAAGACAGAUCCAGCAGCACGACUGUGGUUAAACCCAAGCGGCGGAGCUCGAGCCGGCCUACUUCACACCUCCGCACCGAGCGCGCCAGGGAGUGUGUGCCACGCGAGAGGGUGACGGGCCCGGAGGAGCCCAUGGCCAUGCCUGACCCUGCCCUUUUCCUCUACCCCUACAGACACAGAAUGCGGCCCCGCCCACCGUAUAGACAUGCCCUGCAGGAAGUGGAAGGAGGGGAGGAGUCAGACCAGCUUGAUCAGGGGGCUUCAGUGAGCAGACUGGCGACGACAGUAGCUAAAGCCACCGCGACUACAGAGAGCAAUGCUGAAUGAGUUUUUGUAUGAUUCACCUCAACAACGACCUGCUUGUUUUUAUAUUUACCCCUGAAUUGCACCUUGAGAGAUCCUUGCUUUCUUUAUGACAAAAAUAUUUAUAUUUGCGAAACAGUUUUUUUUUGCACAUGCAUUUAUGAACAAUCUGUGGAGAGAUUUACGUUCACAUUACCGUCGAAUGAGAAUCGACUCAUUCGCAUUUUCGUAACCGGGUCCCUGAUACCCCCAAUACAUAAACAUAAGAUGGUGUCCUUGUUAACUCAGUACUGCUGGUUUUUUUCAAUCUAUGCCAUUUUUUUGGAUUGCUCAUCUCCGCUAUUUGCCAGGUUUGCUGAAUGAUCUGUUGUCUGCCUAGUGUGACCACAAGUGCACUCUUCCAGCCUUCCAGAUGUAGUGGGGAUUUUGUCCCAUAAACACUCCUUCAUGGUUCAGUUAAGUAGUAGUAUCUUGUAUGAAUGCUGGUGAUCCAAAGGACAUACAACCUGAAUAAUUUGCUUAAGUGCUUUAUCUGGUGUAGUGUAUGUACACAGACUGUGUUUAUAUGUAAGCUUGUUGAUUAGAAGAGUGUGGGCUCAAGGGUCAACGUACCAUUGUUCUGCCAUCAAAUGAGCUAUAGCGAUGCCCAAAGGACUGAUUCAUUUUAUGCUGCUUAACACACAGUCACUUACUCACAUGUUUUAGCCUGGUGUUGCAGAUAACAUGAUUGCAUAUAUCCUUCUUGACCAUUAAAAUACACUAAUAGUCACCCCCACACACUAAAUUAUAUAAAUACCUCAGGUUAUGCCGUUUUUAUUAACUGAGAGUCAAAAACAAAUUCAGAGACAGUGUUCCUGUAUUUCUUGCUGUCUGGCUGUGGUGUGUAACUUGUCUACCACAUAAUGUAGUGGAAACAUAUUUACACUUGUAGAUUUCUAUAAGUUUGCGUUAAAUGUUGAAUAUAGAGUAGAGAAAAAUCCAAAUAACAAAACCAUCCUCUUGAUAUAAAAAAAAGCUUGUAUUUGAAUGCAUUUUCCUAGUAAGCUAACAUUUUAUCUAAUUUGGAGCCCUACAAAGUGAUGUCUGCUUCCCUCAGGGACUGACAAACUUAAUUUUGUAAAUGUAUAUGUAUGCCUGACACUAUUUAAAAGGCCUAUAACCACUUUUUUGUAUUAUACCAGUGAAGAGAUUUUAGGACUGUAAGCUAAACUGUGAGAUACUAUGACAUUGUCUAGUCACAUCCACUAGUUAAGAUAGAUGUUGUUCAUUUGUAAUUGAAUUGUCUUAUUGUUAGGUUGUUAAUAAUACCAUUGCGAUGAUCGUUAGAUGUUUCUUAGAAAGAGAUAAGCAAUACUGCCUAACAUGAUUACUUCCAUAUAAUCAUAUUUGAAACAUACAU